ACGGUUACACAGUGACAGACGUGGUAAUGUACUGGAAAGCGACGCCCGUCCGUGGAGUGGAAGAAGCCGAAUUGCCUCAAUUCACCAUUAUAGGCUGGGAAACGAACGAUAGGAAGGAACGAUUAGCCACCGGCAUUUAUCAGCGGCUAUCCCUUUCGUUCAAGCUCCAGAGGAAUAUCGGAUAUUUCAUUUUCCAAACGUACCUUCCAAGCAUUCUCAUAGUGAUGUUGUCUUGGGUUUCCUUCUGGAUCAAUCACGAAGCCACAAGUGCUAGGGUUGCGUUAGGAAUAACCACUGUAUUAACUAUGACGACAAUAAGCACAGGUGUGAGAAGCUCCCUCCCGAGAAUAAGCUACGUUAAAGCUAUCGAUAUAUAUCUCGUGAUGAGUUUCAUAUUUGUAUUUGCUGCUCUUUUGGAAUAUGCAGCUGUAAAUUACACUUACUGGGGCGCCAGAGCAAAGAAGAAGUGUAAGAAAAAUAAGGAUGGAGGUGAAAGUAAACUUGGGACCAAAUCAGAUAAUCGGCAAACGUCGUUCAGCAAUGAAGAAAUUAUCGAGUUACAGGACGUCAGAAUGAGUCCAAUAGCAUCGAUAAGGAAUAGACAAAACUCCAAAUCGAACACUUGCGAUCUAGACUCAUCGCAAUUCCCUCCAAGUUUUCGCAUAUCCAGGAUGUCAGGGUAUACUUACAAUUAUAGAGCUACUCCGGGUCUCAGAUACAGGGGAAAUAAAGGAAAUACAAUUCACAGGCCCAAGGUUUUCCAUGCUAUCCGGAAAGGAGCUCUAGUCCUAAAAGCCUCUAUACCCAAAAUCAAAGAUGUCAACGUCAUCGACAAAUAUUCGAGAAUCAUUUUUCCUGUAACUUUCUUUGUGUUCAACGUAGGAUACUGGCUGUUUUAUAUUUGCGAGUGGUCUUAAACGAUGUUCAAUUCCAGAAAUGGUAAACCGUAGAAUGAUGAGAAUAGUACGUAAUGAACAAUGAUGGAAAGUUUAUGAAUAGAAGUCAUACACUUCAAAUGAGAACUAGUUGUAUCGGAUGAGGUUAAAAUUAACAUUCAUAGGAUGCUUUGACAACAAUAAUUUUGAUUUAGUGGGACGUGGGACAAUUAUUAUCGUUACAAGAAAUAUUUCUUUUUAUGUAGCGUUGUAGAACCAGUAUGUACCAACUUCAACCUGUUUACUCAAUUUUGAAAACUAUCCCGGAAGACAAUCAGAUAAUUUCAUACGGCGCCAUCCAGUUGUUUCUAGGGUGAGAAAUUUGAAGGUUAAGUUCAUUAAAACCAAAAUUUCUUAUGUGAAAACAAUUGAAAACCUAUUUUGGUUCAACCGGAAAUGAACCCAAGUCAAAAAAUUUAAAUAGAACCGUGUAAAAGUUGUUAAACAAUUUGAUAAGGUGUUUUCAACAAUAUAACACAAGGUUGAGAACCAAAGCCCAAACACUUACAGCGCUGCAAAGCCAAGCCUCGACAUGACCGUCGAAGAGCGGUUCGCUUCGCAACUAAUCAUCUUGGGGUAGUCUCGUUCAUCUUUGAUAUUCGAGGAUUGAGCCCUCUGUCGAUAUGGUGGCACUGAGAAGUAAUCUAUGGAAAUAGAUAUAUCAACUUCGAAACUUUCACUAUUUCACGGGCACAGAAAAAUAAAACUCAUAGUAUCUUUCACAUUUUUUUUGUAGUAAAAUAGGUUAACCUCAAUGAUAAAAUUCAAAAAUUUCCACUUUCUAUUAGAAUCCUCGAGAUGAGUGAACUGAAAAGUAGCAUGUAAAAUAAUGAAAAUAAGAAGCAACAGUGCGGGAAUUGAUGAAAAGUCUUGAAUUCUCAUUCAAAACUUAGCGACGAACAUCGUCGUUUGUUCCCAACUAUAUCAAGUUAUUUCACAAUUUUUUCGUACUACCGUAUUGAGACGAAAUGGUCACUUACAUCGUUGAAAGAGGAAUUUUAUAUUUCAAAAAGGUAACAAGGUUCUGUUUAUUAUUCUUGACUUGAGUUCAUUUCCGGUGGAAAAUUGAAAAUGUCUGCUUCACAGAAGUAUACUUUUGUUCCUGAUUUCAAAAUUCUCAGCUUGAGAACUACUGAAUGUCGACGGUAUAUAGAAAAAUUCGAAAAUUUUACAAUAUCGUCGGAAAUAGUAAUGAAACAGAGAGGAAGGGCUAACCUAUAUUUCUUCCCAUAUUAUUCAACUCGUUACUUUUAUAAUUAUUGAAAUAAUCAAGUAAUUGAAAUAACAUGAAUAUUCACCUACAAUAAAGAAUGUCCUUUUUGUUGUUUUUUACCCUAAA